AGGGAGGAGGAGUGGGGCGGGGAAGAUGGCCGCCCCCAUCAAGAUCACAGAGAGAGAGGAAGAGGAGGAAGAGUUGAGGGGGGGCUCUGAAUGCCUGACGCCUUUCUGACCCCCUCCCACCUUUUCCAGCCGAUUCUGCCUUUUUUUUCUUUUGAAAAAGGGGGGGUCUGUUUGCCCCCAGCCCCCCCCCCAUAAGUAUUAUUUCUUGGAUCCCCAACCUGCGCCCCCCCCAAAAAAAACCAACCCUCCCCCUUUCCUCUCCCCCCCUCCUUUCUCCAAGCAACCCCAUUUUUAUUUUUAUUUUAUUUUGCAGCAAUCAUGUCUGCAGGAGGAUGAGCUUUUUCCUCCUCUCCCCCUGGAGCCACUAAGCUUGGUGUGGUUGUGGGUCCUUGGGUGUGAAACAAACACACAGCCAUUGAAUUCUUAAGUUGCAACGAGGCUUGUUAAGGUGAUGGCUAGGUAGCCUGGCUUAAGGUGGUGGUGCGUGUGUGUGUAAGGACAUGGGGAAUAUAUUCGCCCCCUUCUCCGCCCCGCGGAAAGGGGUUCGCCGGGCCGAAGGACUCUCCAACCCGGGGAGCUUCGACGAACUUCACCGCAAAUGCAAAGAUGUUUUCCCUCAACAAAUUGAAGGUGUCAAGCUGAUCAUUAAUAAAUCUCUCAGUAGCCACUUCCAGGUAGCUCAUACCAUUCAUAUGAGCACCGUUGGCCACUCAGGUUACCACCUGAACACGACAUAUGUGGGGGAUCAACAGCUUAAUCCUACAGAGACUUUUCCCACCCUUAUUGGCGAUAUUAGCAACGUCGGGAGCCUCAGUGCCCAAAUUCUCCACCUUAUAGCGGAACGGAUACGAACCAAAGCGGUUUUCCAGACACAACAGGCCAAAUUCACCACUUGGCAGUUUGAUACUGAAUAUCGCGGGGAUGAUUAUACAGCCACCCUGACGCUGGGCAACCCCGAUCUGAUCAACGAAUCAGUUAUUCUUGUUGCACACUUCCUCCAGAGCAUGACGUCACGGUUGGUUCUAGGGGGUGAAUUGGUGUAUCACCGACGUGCUGGAGAAGAAGGAACCAUUGUUACUCUGGCUGGCAAGUACACGGCUCUCAAGUGGAUAGCUACUCUUAAUUUGGGGUAUGGCGGGGCCCAUGCCAGUUACUACCAUCGAGCUAAUGAUCAGAUUCAGGUUGGUGUGGAAUUCGAAGCCAACACUCGGCUGCAGGAGACAAGCUUCGCUUACGGGUAUCAGCUCACCCUGCCCGAAGCCAACAUGAUCUUCAAGGGCUUUCUGGACAGUAACUGGUGCGUGGGGGCAGUCCUGGAGAAGAAAAUCCCGCCAUUGCCUGUGACCUUAGCGCUGGGCGCCUUCCUCAAUCAUUGGAAACACCGGUUCCAUUGCGGAUUCAGCAUCAUUGUGGGUUGAGGGUCUGCACCAGCCUUAGCUCUCUUACAAAGGAGGCGGUCGGGGGCUUGAAAGGUUGGGGUGCCAUUGCUCAGUUAGAGCAGUGCAGCCUUGGAUGAUGGGACACGAGGGUAUCGGUGCUCGAGCGGUGUCCCGCAGGUACGCGGUGACGCCGCGGCCACCUCCGUGGGUCCAUGCACAAUUCCUGUCCGGAGGGAAACGCACCCUGGGUGCAAGGGUUCCCCGUUUCUCACCCGGGACUCCGAUUUUGCUGGCUUAGGGCAACGUUUAACGCUGGGGCACAGGAUUUUGGGUCGGGAAGUGGCAAACUUUUCUUCGUUCGAUGGUCUUUGUGGAGAAUUCUGAACACCGGAUUCCCCAGCGGAGCGAGGGAUCGGCGCCGGUUCGGUGUGGGUAACGUGGGGGCCCUGAAAUUCAGAAGACACCCCCCCCCAACUCAGCUGCUGUUUCCUGGACGGUUUGUGCUCUUCGGCUGAUUCAGGGGCAGGGACCAAAAAGCCGAAUUUACGACUUCAGUGCAAUGGUGACUCUCAAUACGAUUAAAAUGAUGUUGAGGCUGAGCUUUCUAGCCCCUCAAAACACCCUCGGUCUGAUUCUUUUAACACCUUUUUAAAAAUAUUUCAUAGGUACCACUUUUCUCAAAGUUUAGAAGUAAUCCUCUAGUAACAAUGAUUC